CCUCACGCACGGACGAAAAAAUCCUUGCUUUCCAGCAGAACAAAGUCGGACUUCGCAAGGUCCUCCGUCUGUCCUCGGACGUUUCCUCUAGCCCGUUACAGCCGUUGCCGCCAUUGGAGCGACUCGCGCCUCUCCUUCUCUCGCCAUUUCAGCCAUCGGAGCUAUAUACUAUAUUGCCCAGACAUCAUCUCUCUCUCUCUCGCGGUAUCAGCCGUUGGAGCCAUGCCCAUCCAUAAGCGCGCCUCUCCCUCUCUGUUUCUCGCUCGCAUUCUCUCUGUCAUUUCAGCCAUGCCCAUCAAUAAGUAGGUAAGCAACCAUCCAGCAGGCACUAAUCCCCGACUUAAGUGGUUGCACCGUCCAAUGGAGUUAAAUGAAAGAUGGAUGCCGUCUCAUUCACAUUCUGAUCCAUUAGGUAAAACAUACACACUUUGGUUUUGAGAAAUUGGGACGUGCCUUACUAGGUUUCUCCGUUCGAAUUCAUUUGAUUUGUGUGGGGAUUUUGCUGUUAUGUUUGGUGGGUAUCGAGUCGUGGUCUUUUAAAUGUGUGCAGUGCUCUCUUGAUGUUGGAUUUCUGACGACAAUUAUGAAGGGCAACAGUGUCUAGUUAUCUAUGCUAUACCUGCCAUUUCUGUGUCGUGUUUCAGCUGCUGCUUCUGCUAAUCUGAAGUUACUAAGAGCAUAAGAUAGAACAUGCUGGGACAUUGCUUGGCCCUUGUGCAAGUACGGCUCAAGAUACACAUGCUUUAUGGUAGUGAUCAGAUUUCUGUUUGAGCUUGCAUAUCAUUGGAAUAUAAUUCUCAAUCAAAAUGUGUAUUGUGCCUCAAGUAUGUGUUUCCACCACUCAAAGUUUAGUUCGAAGAUGGCCACCCUGAUGCGGCUUGGUUCAUCCCCUGGAUGCUUGAACUUUAACCGUCUGAAAAUUCAGCGAAUUUCAUCUCUGGUUUCUGUGCAUCCAGGCAAAUUCUGUGAUGCCUUGCAAGAAUGCACAGACACAAGGGACAUAAAGAGGGGCCUUCAGUUCCACUGUCAAGUGAUCAAGUUGGUGGGGACGGGAUGGCUUUCACUGUGGAAUAAGCUUCUAAAUGUUUAUAGCCGAUGUGGGCUAAUGACUUAUCUUUUUCGGGUGUUCAAUAGCAUGUCUGAAAGAGAUAUUGUUUCUUUUAAUACUGUAAUCUCUGGUUACACACAACGAGGAUUAUAUAGUGAGGCUCUUGUUGUGUAUUCACAGAUUCGCACAUCUGGCAUGGUGCCCAAUUCUAUUAGUCUGUCCACUAUGCUUAAAGCUUGUGCUUCUGUAACAGCAAUAGAAAGAAUACAGCAGCUACAUGCUGAAGGGCUAAAAUGUGGUCUCAAUCUAGAUAAGUUUGUUAUGAGCUCAUUAGUUGACUGCUAUUUUAAGUGCAAGAGGUUGGACGAAGCAAGGGUGGCUUUUGAUGAAAUUGAUCUACUAGAUAUUGUCUCAUGGAACAUAAUGAUUGCUGGAUAUGCAUCAAAUGAUUGUCAUGAACAGGCAUUAGAAACGUUUAUGCACAUGCUUCAAGCAGGCAUGUCUUGUGAUUCUUUUACUAUGACCAGCAUACUUGGUGCAUGUGUGCAGCCAAACCAUUUGAAACUGGGAAAGCAACUGCAUGCUUUUGCAAUGAAAGCAGGAUUGGCUUCUGAGACACCAAUUGGAAAUGCAUUAAUCACCAUGUAUUCGAAAUGCAGAGACAUGAACCAUGCUAGCGAACUCUUUUUCAGAAUAUAUUCAGCUAAUAUCAUUUCAUACACAGCUUUGAUUGCCGGAUUUAUAGAAAAUGGCAUGAACGAGGAUGCAGUGCUAUUCUACCAUCACAUGCUGGACCAAGGUGUAAAAGAGAAUGAAUAUACUUUUGCAAGUAUACUAAAAUCAUUUAGCAGCCUAUCAAGUCUGCAACAGGGGAGACAAGUACAUGCACGCAUAGUGAAAUCAGGAUUUGAAUCUGACCUCUUAGUUGAAAAUGCUCUUAUAGAUGCCUAUUCCAAGUGUGGUAGCAUUAUGGAUGCUCAGACCGUAUUUGUUGGUAUGAUAAAUCACGAUAAGGUGUCAUACACAACAAUGAUUGGAGCGCUUGCACAGCAUGGGAUGGGGAAAGAAGCUCUUGAACUUUUUGAAGCAAUGAAAGUUAAGGGGCUUCAUGCGGAUGAUGUUACGUAUCUGACUAUCCUUUCUGCGUGCAGUCACUCUGGGCUUGUGGAUAAGGGACUCCAGAUAUUUCAGUCAAUGAGUAAAUUACAUAGUGUUAAACCACGAAGGGAACACUAUGCAUGCAUUGUUGAUAUGCUGGGCAGAUCAGGGAGGCUUGGGGAGGCAGAGAAAUUUAUAAAGAAUGUCUCCGUUGAGUCGGAUGCUUAUGUAUGGGAGGCAUUGCUUGGUGCUUGUCGAAUUCAUGGGGAUAUGGAACUGGGCAUCAGAUCAGCAAAAAAGGCUGUAGAAUUGGGACAGGAGAAAGAUGCAGUUCAUGUGUUGUUGUCGAGUAUUUACGCUGAAAAAGGGAUGUGGGAAGAGAAGUGCAAGGUGAGGAGGAAGCUGGAAGGUAAUGCAUUGAGGAAAGAACCUGGGAGCAGCUGGCUUGAAGUUUGACA